UUGUCUGUCAUGAGAUUUCAGAGUUUGCACUAAGUCUUAAAAGUUAAUUUAUUAUGUCAAUUAAUCAAAGUUUAUCGCAAAGUUAAGCUGCUUUAAAGGUCUUUUCGAUAUCAGGUGACCCAAAAUUAUUUUUAUUUGGAAACCCACCAAUAUAUUUUCAAAACCCCAUCUUCAGACAUCUUUUAUUAUAUUUAUCACUUCCUUAAUCAUUUUAUCCAAUCUUUUGCUUUACAUUUACGUGAGCUGAAGUAGCUCGGUGGCGGAAUGGUUUGGUACUUCGGUACCUAAUUAUUGCAAUACCGACCCAUGAACACUAAGGGUUCGAGACUGGGUAUGAAAAAUUUUUCACUUGUUCUUUUUCGAAUCAUAUGUACUGGAAAUGAGGCUUACAGCCUUCCUUUGCAAACUACAAACAGAAAUAUCAUCAAAGGAGUAGUUUGGAUUCCACUUUUAACUGUAGGUCUAGGUUUGGCGCAUCCUCACUUGUUAAACUCUCAAUAGCUGCGAAACGCCCUAGCGCACCUCUGGAUCACAAUUGAUCUGAAUAGGCUCUCCAUUUAAUAUUGGCUGCUUAUAGAAACAAGUGGAUAAUUAAAAUGAAACUCCAAUUAUUUUUAAUCUUUUGUUCACUAGCUAUAAAUGUGGUUUUUUGUGAUGAAGAAAUAAUUUUCACACCCGAUUCUUACGUUCCACCGCCUGAUCGCCAUCCAAGAAUUGUAGGUGGAGUUAAUACAACAAUCGAUGAAGUUCCUUAUAUUAUUUCAAUGCGAUAUUGCAAUCCAUUGACUGAUACUUGUGGUCAUCGUUGUGGUGGAUCAAUUAUUAACCAUAAUACAGUUUUAACAGCUGGACAUUGCGUUGAUAGGACAAUAAUUCCAGAACAGAUUUGGGUUCGUGCUGGAUCUGAUUUAAGAAACCAAGGUGGCCAAUUAAUUCCAGUCAGAAGAAUCAUUAUUCAUCCAGAAUAUGAACGAACACAGUUGUUCAAUGAUAUUGCAAUUUUAAAGCUUACAGCAAGCUUUAGGUUUAACUCAAGAGUCAUGCCAAUUGGACUUCCACCAAGAGGUAUGAGCAUCCGUAAAGGAACUCCACUUUUGGUAAGUGGAUGGGGUGCAUUAUUAUGGCAAGGAUCAUCACCAGAAAGACUCCAAAAGGUCUAUGUUCCAUAUGUACCGAAUGAAGAGUGCGCUAGAAUUUAUGGGAAUAUUAGAGUCACGUCAUUGUGUGCUGGAAGAGAAGGAGUAGAUGCCUGUCAAGGUGACUCCGGUGGCCCUUUGGUAUACAAAAACUUUGUCGUUGGCGUUGUUUCUGGUGGAAGUUUCUGUGCAUUUGAUGGUUUUCCAGGAACUUACGCAAGAACCUCUGAGUUUUUAGGUUUUAUCGGUCAAGCUAUGUCGAUGUAAAUGCUUAAAAUACCUUCAAAUAAAAAACUUUUAUUUUUGUUUUAAUCUUCAAAUAAAUUUUUAUCUUAGGUCUUAAGAGUAGAUUAUUAAACCACGGUUCAUCACGGUUUAUCACAAAAUUUUAGGCACUUAAGAUUACCUAAACAGUUCUUAACUAUAAAGCACAUUUGAUAUAAGUGUAACAACUCUUAGUAUUUUAAAUCAGCUGAUGAAAGAAGGAAGCAAUUUAGGAUGAAGUUGGAAUUUUUUGUAAUUUUUGGUUUUGUGCUUUUUGGCAUUGUUUUGUCCGAUGAUAUAAUUACAACUCCCGACUUUUUCAUUCCUUCAUCUGAUCGUAAUCCAAGAAUUGUCGGUGGCAAUAAUGCAACAAUUGAGGAAGUUCCAUAUCAAGUAUCAAUGCGUCGUUGUAAUCCAACAAGUGGAACUUGUGGUCAUCGUUGUGGUGGAUCGAUUAUAAAUCAUGAUACAAUUUUAACUGCCGCUCAUUGUGUUGUUGGAACAAUUCGUGCUGAACAACUUUCAAUUCGAGCUGGUUCUGAUUUGAGGUCGCAAGGUGGGCAACUUAUUCCAGUUAGAAAAAUUAUUAAUCAUCCAGAUUACAACUUCACCGGAUCUUAUUUUGACGUAUCAAUUCUAAAACUUACAUCAAGCCUUAAAUUCAACUCAAAAGUCAUGCCAAUUGGACUUCCACCAAGAGGUAUUAAUUUGCGUAAAGGAACUCCGUUGUUGGUUAGUGGAUGGGGGAAUUUACUUUGGCAAGGAUCAUCGCCUGAAAGACUUCAAAAGGUUUAUGUUCCAUACGUUCCAAAUGAAGAAUGUGAAAAGAUUUACAGCAGCAUUAGAAUUUCAUCAUUGUGUGCUGGUGAGAAAGGAGUUGAUGCAUGUCAAGGCGACUCCGGUGGUCCCUUAGUUUACAAAAACUUUGUUGUUGGAAUUGUCUCUGGUGGAAGUUAUUGUGCAUAUGAUGGAUAUCCUGGAACUUAUGCAAGAACAUCUGAAUUUUUAGGAUUCAUCAGUCAAGCUAUGAUGAUGUAAAUUUAAAAUAAUUUAAGUUUGAUUAAUAAAAGUAUUGCAUCAUAAAUUUAUCAAUCUGUUCGGUUUAUGAUUAA